UGGAGACCUCUGAAGCAAAGCAAAACCCUAGCCCUUCAUCACCGCCGCCGUCCCCGAGUCCUCAGCGCUGCCGCUGCUUCCUCUUCCCCGUGUCGUUUUCAUCUUCACUGGCACGUCGUUUUCAUCUUCCUCUUCCCCAGGUAGCUCGGCACGUCGUUUUCAUCUUCGCUGGCUUCUCGGCACGGAACCCAGCUUCUGCCUCUGGUUUUUGGCCAACCCAUGUUCUGCCCUUUUUGGCCAACCCUUGUUCGAGCUGCUUAGCCCUCUGUUCAGUCCUCUACGCCGUGUGUUCGAGCCUCUGUUCCGCCGCCUUUCAGCCACCGUUCCGCCAUUGUUCUGCCUCCGUUCAGCCAUCUCCGUCGCGAUUUAAAGCUCCUCCCUCUCCCUGUACUGUUUGAAUUUCAGAACUGCUCCAUCCUAGGGUAAAACUGCUCCUGCCAUGUUAAAACUGCUCCUAUUGGUUUAGUAUGGCUCAAUCCAUGCUUCCAAAGAGAUUCUACCACCAUGCUUGGACCUUCUCUCUGAGUUGAACCACUGGUUAGACCAGUUGAACCAAUGAACCAGUGAACCAGUAACUAAAACGGUUUGAUGACCGGUCCAGUUUUCAGAACAUUGGUAGGGACUAGGGAGUGAAGUAAUUGAGAGAUUGACACCCUGGUUUGUGGUUUCUUUGGUUUUGAAGAGGAACAAUCCAACAUCUUUGAAAUCUCCGUCUCACUACAAUACCCCCAAGCAACAUAUUUUCUUAUUUCUGCAACCGAAUGCAAGCUUUGCUUCACCAUUCCCCUCUUAUCCGAACCUCACAUUCUUCCUUCUCAGCUAUGGCUUCUUCUUCUUCCCUCACUCUCCCUUCUCUCUCUCUCAACAACUUUCCUUCUUCCCCAUCAAAUGCACAUUCUAGAACCUUCAACCUUCCCCUCCUUCGAUCUAGGGUUUUCAUGAGCGUCGCUUCCGGAUCUCAGGUCUCCGUUCUCAACGAUGCUCCCUUCUCCGAUUACAAACCCUCCAAUGCUUUUCUUUUCCCCGGUCAGGGUGCACAAGCCGUUGGAAUGGGAAAAGAAGCUCAGAAUGUGCCUGCUGCUGCUGUUCUGUAUAAGAAGGCAAAUGAGAUAUUGGGGUAUGAUCUUCUUGAUAUAUGCAUCAAUGGCCCAAAGGAUAAGUUAGAUUCAACUGUUCUUAGUCAGCCUGCUAUUUAUGUCACAAGUCUCGCUGCUGUGGAGCUACUUCGUGCAAGAGAUGGAGGACAACAGAUUAUUGAUUCUGUUGAUGUUACGUGUGGUCUAAGUUUGGGAGAAUACACUGCUCUUGCUUUUGCUGGGGCUUUCAGCUUUGAAGAUGGACUUAAGUUGGUCAAAUUGAGGGGAGAAGCCAUGCAGGAUGCUGCUGAUGCUGCUAAAAGUGCCAUGGUUAGUGUCAUAGGACUGGACUCAGAGAAGGUCCAACAAUUGUGUGAUGCGGCGAAUCAGGAAGUACCCGAAGCUGAGAAGGUUCAAAUUGCCAAUUACCUUUGUCCUGGUAACUAUGCUGUCUCGGGGGGCUUAAAAGGAGUAGAAGUGCUGGAAUCUAAGGCAAAGUCUUUCAAGGCUCGAAUGACUGUUCGCUUAGCUGUUGCCGGUGCAUUCCACACUAGUUUUAUGGAACCAGCUGUGUCAAGGUUGGAAGCAGCAUUGGCAGCAACAGAAAUCAGAACACCAAGAAUACCAGUCAUCUCCAAUGUGGAUGCACAACCACAUGCAGAUCCCGAGACUAUCAAGAAGAUAUUGGCACGUCAGGUUACUUCCCCUGUUCAAUGGGAAACAACAGUGAAGACUCUUCUAAACAAGGGGCUGAAGAAAAGUUAUGAACUAGGACCUGGAAAGGUAAUUGCUGGUAUUAUCAAGAGAGUGGACAAAGGUGCUGAUAUUGAGAAUAUAGGUGCCUGAGAAGUGAGAAGGCAGUGAAACCUUGCUUCUUCUGUGACUUCCAAAUUCCAAUCAACCCAAUAGUAAACCAACAUUUUGUCUCGUACAAUGUGGGAGAAAAGGUUGCAUCCCCAAAUCAAGAGAACAUGGAGCUUGGGAAUUUUGUAAACAUAGAUUAGCUACAGUUGGAUUUGAAUGCCAAUUUUAAAGUUCAGUUUUAGUUUUAACUUUCAAGAAUUGACACUAUCAUGAUGAACGUGUUGGACUGUUGAAUAAUGGGUUUAUUUAUUAAAAGAUAUGUACCUAAUAAACGUUGUCAUAGUUGGUGUUC